GUACUUCUCUCGGCUGCACUUUCCCCUGACUUCGAUUUUCUCCGAGAUCGCAUCUGGUUACUAGAGGCCCUUGGGGACGAUGGGAGCCACUUCUCCAAGGAGCCGGGAGCCUCUCCUGCCGCCAGCGUUCCCUACCUUCUGCCCCGGAGGAGCCCUCCUGGCGAUUCUGGUGCUGCUCGAGCUGCCGGCGGCCUGGGGUCAAUGCCAAUCCCCGGUGCACCUUACAUUCGCCAUGCCUACAGAACAGAUUGACAAAGAUGAGUUUCCUGUUGGGACAUCUUUGAAGUAUAAAUGCCGCCUUGGUUACUACAGAAGAGUGUUCUCUAUCACCUGCCUGCAAAACUCUGUCUGGUCAAGCCCUGCAAACUACUGUAGGCGUAAAUCAUGUGGAUCUCUUCCAGACCUCAUAAAUGGCAAAAUGGACAUCAACAAAGACACCCAGUUUGGAUCAACUGUCAAUUAUUUUUGUAAUGAAGGAUACCGACUCAUUGGUAAAUCCUCUGCUGCAUGCAUCAUCUCUGGCAACUCUGUCACCUGGGAUAAUGACCCACCUAUUUGUGAGAGCAUUCCUUGUGGGCCACCCCCAGCCAUCGCCAAUGGAGAUUUCAUUAGCACCGACAGAGAAUACUUUCAAUACGGAACAGUGGUGACCUAUCGCUGCAAUCUUGGAGAGAGAAGGCAGAAGCUGUUUGACCUCGUGGGUGAGCCGUCAAUAUAUUGCACCAGUGAAGACAAUCAAGUUGGCAUCUGGAGUGGCCCUCCCCCUCAGUGCAUUGCACCUAAUAAAUGCACGCCUCCAGUCAUUGAAAAUGGAAUAAGGAUGUCUGAGAACAAAAGCUUAUUUUCUUUACGUGAAAGCGUGAGGUUUAGGUGUCAGCCCGGCUUUGCCAUGAAAGGACCCUCCACUGUUGAAUGCCAGGCCCAAAACAAGUGGGGGCCGGAGUUGCCCAGCUGCUCCAGGGUAUGUCAGCCACCUCCAAAAGUCCCGCAUGGUAAACACACCCCAAGCCACAGGAACAACUUUUCUUCUGGGCAGGAAGUGUUCUACAGCUGUGAGCCUGGCUAUGAUCUCAGAGGGGCUGCUUCUCUGCAUUGUACGCCCCAGGGAGACUGGAGCCCGUCAGCCCCCAAAUGUGCAGUGAAAUCAUGUGCUGACUUCCUGGACCAGUUACCUAAUGGACAUGUACUCUUUCCACUUAAUUUUCAGCUUGGAGCAAAAGUAUCCUUCGUUUGUGAUGAGGGAUUCCAGUUAAAAGGCAAUUCUGCUAGUUACUGUGUCUUGGUUGGAAUGGAAAGCCUUUGGAACAGCAGCAUUCCUGUGUGUGAACAAAUCUUGUGUCCAGAUCCUCCUGAUAUCCUUAAUGGGAGACACACAGGCAAACCUCUGGAAGUCUUUCCUUUUGGAAAAGAAGUCACUUACACAUGUGACCCGCACCCAGAGAGAGGGAUGAUCUUCAGCCUCACUGGGGAGAGCACCAUCCGCUGUACCAGUGACAGUCAAGGGAACGGAAUUUGGAGCAGCCCUGCCCCUCGCUGUGGACCUCCAGGUCACUGUAACACCCCAGAUCACUUUCAAUUUGCCAAGUUGAAACUCCAGACCAAUGAAUCUGAGUUUCCCAUUGGGACAUCUUUAAAGUAUGAAUGCCGCCCUGGGUACCACAGGAAGUCAUUCUCUAUCACGUGUCUACAAAACCUCACGUGGUCAAGUGCCAAAGAUGUCUGUAAACGUAAAUCAUGUAAUACUCCUCCAGAUCCUGUGAACGGUGUGGUGCACAUAGAUACAGACACCCAGUUCGGAUCCAGAAUCAUUUUUGCUUGUAAUAGAGGGUAUCAACUCAUUGGUCACUCAGCUGCUGAAUGUAUUAUCUCAGGCAAUACUGUCUUCUGGGAUUCAGAGCCACCAAUCUGUGAACGCAUUCCUUGUGGGCCACCCCCGGCCAUCGCCAAUGGAGAUUUCAUUAGCACCGACAGAGAAUACUUUCAAUACGGAACAGUGGUGACCUAUCGCUGCAAUCUUGGAGAGAGAAGGCAGAAGCUGUUUGACCUCGUGGGUGAGCCGUCAAUAUAUUGCACCAGUGAAGACAAUCAAGUUGGCAUCUGGAGUGGCCCUCCCCCUCAGUGCAUUGCACCUAAUAAAUGCACGCCUCCAGUCAUUGAAAAUGGAAUAAGGAUGUCUGAGAACAAAAGCUUAUUUUCUUUACGUGAAAGCGUGAGGUUUAGGUGUCAGCCCGGCUUUGCCAUGAAAGGACCCUCCACUGUUGAAUGCCAGGCCCAAAACAAGUGGGGGCCGGAGUUGCCCAGCUGCUCCAGGGUAUGUCAGCCACCUCCAGAAGUCCUGCAUGGUAAACACACUCCAAGCCAUAAGAACAACUUUUCCUCUGGGCAGGAAGUGUUCUACAGCUGUGAGCCUGGCUAUGAUCUCAGUGGGGCUGCUUCUCUGCACUGUACGCCCCAGGGAGACUGGAGCCCGGAAGCUCCCAGAUGUGCAGUGAAAUCAUGUGCUGACUUCCUGGACCAACUUCCUAAUGGACAUGUGCUCUUUCCACUUAAUUUCCACCUUGGGGCAAAAGUGUCCUUCAUUUGUGAUGAGGGGUUCCAGUUAAAGGGAAGCUCAGCCAGUUACUGUAUCUUGGUUGGAAUGAAAAGCCUUUGGAAUAACAGUGUUCCCGUGUGUGAACGAAAAUCAUGUGGAAAACCUCCAGAACCCUUCAAUGGCAUGGUUUAUAUAAACACAGAUACGCAGUUUGGAUCAACAGUUAAUUAUUCAUGCAAUAAAGGGUAUCGACUCAUUGGUUCCCCUUCUGCUACUUGUCUCCUCUCAGGCAUUGAUGUCACUUGGGAUAAAAAGGCACCUAUUUGUGAGAAAGUAAAGUGUAGCCUCCCACAGAUUAUGAAUGGAAUCAAGAAGGAACUGAAAAUAAGAAAAGUAUAUCACUCUGGAGAUAAUGUAACUUUGGAGUGUGAAGAUGGGUAUACUCUGGAAGGCAGUCCCUGGAGUCAGUGCCAGGAAGAUGACCUGUGGGACCCUCCUCUGGCCAUAUGUACCUCUCGCACGAGUGAUGAGCUCAUAGCUGGCAUGUUCUUUGGUAUGAUCCUCUUGAUUUUACCUGUCAUUGUUUCCUGUUUGAUAAUUCUAAAGCGCAAAAAAGGCAACAAUACAGAUGAAAACUUGAAAGAAGCAGUUAUCCAUCUGCAUCCCAAAGAAGGCAGUGGUGUCCAUCCUCAUACUCUGCAAACAAAUCAGGAAAAUAUCAGUGUCCUUCCUUGACAAAGUACUAUAAAGCUGGAGAACACCUCCAAUUAAAAUGUUGAUUGGAAAAGAGCCAAUUCAUUUCAACAGAAUAAGGUCUGAGACUCAUAAAAUCUUUGAAGUGACUUCACAGAGAUGCAAACAUGUGCACUUGAAGAUGCUGAACCUCUACCAGUACCUAGUGGAGCACCUUCCUCUUAGCUUGGAUUACGGUCACCCCUUCACCCUCUUCUCUUGUGCAGAAAGCACACAUUAUCUAGUCAGGGGAAAGCUACACUUAGGAUUUUAUAAAUAGUCUAACUAUUUAAAGGAAAAAAGUGUUGCCUAGGAUUUCUGUUUGUAAGUUGGUCAUUUUUUUUUCAAAUGUUUAUAAUAAGAAUGGGCUCAUUAGGGCAAAUUUGGAAAAUGCAGGGAGAAGAUAUGAAGAAAAGUCACAUUAAUUAUACUACCCAGUGGUAACCAUUGUUAAUAUUUUAAUUCAUGUUCUGCUAAUCUUUAUAUAUGUUUCUUUAUACACAUGUUUUUAUUUCUUAAAUAUUUUCUUUUUUAUUGAAUAGAAUCCACUCAUUUUAGACACUUUGGAGAAAAAUGUACGGUAUAUCAGUUUUCACUUUCUCAAAGAAAAAUAAAUUAAUUUCUGUUUAUUAAAAA